GUAGUUUCACUUUCCAAACGUCACUGGGAGGAGGAAGGGGGGGACCAUUUGUGGGCAAAUCGUCAGAGAGAUAUGAAACACCGGACUCAAUCUCCACACCUGGAUUCCCCACAGACUGUUGACCUGUCAGAUCCUCUGUCUCACAUCUGGCUGCACAUCUUGACUCGUUGAGUCCCUCCGUGAUGGAUCCUCUGGACCGGCUGGACUUCCUGGAGCCGGAGGAGCUGCUGCGCUUCUUCCGCUGUAACAAAACAGAGAUGUCCUCCAUGGAGAACCCGGGCACGUUCCUCCGCCAACUGAGGGACCACGACCUGAUCCCGGAGGCCACGUACAAGAGAGUGAGUGGCAUGAAGAAAAAAGAAAUCAUGAAGACAGCCCUGUAUGACGUGCUGGACUGGGUGGAGCGGGAGCGAUCCCAGCACAUCCACUGGUUCUGGAGAUGUGUUUUCAAAGACACCAUCCUGAACGACUACCCAACACUGCGACUGCUGCGUAACAGCCUCAUGGACGGAUCUUUCCAAUUUGGCACGCAACUGCCAGAGAAGGAGAAUGAAGACACAGAUGAAAGGAAAAAGAAGGAGCUCUCUGAAGUUGAGGAGGAAGAGGAGGAACAGGGGAGCUCAGUGAAAAAGAAGAGGAAGCUGUUGAGGAGGAGCAUGCGCGAGGAUGAUGAUGAGGAGCAGCAGCCCGGUCCUUCCUCUCAGCUGACUCCAUGUCGGAGGGAAAAAAAGUCAGAGAAAGUGUGUUUCUAUUCUCCGAUAAAGAAAGGAGAGAAAAUGGACAUUUGGACUCUGCCACUUUAUAAGACUCAGCUUCCUGUGAAAUGUGGAUCCCAGGAGGGGAUUCUGAUCAGGGAGCUCCUGGCGAAAGGCGAGAAGUGCAUUAUGUUCCAGAAACAGUGGUUUACUCCCAGUGAAUUUGAGAAGUUUGCAGGGAAGGGAAGCUAUAAGAACUGGAAGUCCAGCAUUAAGUGUAUGGGUUCCCCCCUAGCAAAACUUAUAAAGGACGGGCACCUGAAAUCAGCAACAUUCAAAAGACGCCAUAAAACGGAUUCAAGUCGGGCCAACAGAUCCCUGUUUCCAUCUGAUGGUGCAAUCACAGUGUCUGAGGAAGACGAAGAGGAUGAUGAUGAAAAUGAAAAUGAGGAUGAUCUGAAAAACCAAGAGGACCGGGUGCCUUAUAGCAACAAAGAGAAUUCUACGGACGUCACAGAUGAAGAUGAAGCGACUGAGAACCAGACGCAGCCAGAAGUGAGCAAAGUCUUCAAAGUGACAUGUGGAGGUGAAGCUGGAACUUUACACCAAAAACGAUUUGCAUCAGGGAAACGUGGAAAGUGUAUUCGAACAGAGAGGAGCUGGUUGACCCCCAUAGAGUUUUUAAAGGAGGCAUCAAGUCAGAGAGGCUUCUGGAAGAAAAUGAUCUUGUGUGAAGGAAAACCCCUCUGUGCUCUCAUAGAGGCGAAGGUCUUGAAGAUCCACUCCCUGCUGUGUGAGUGCAGUCUGUGCAAACCAAAUCAAACAGAUCUGAAGAACCAGAAAAAUUACGAUGAGUGCUGUGUGUGUAAAGGAGGAGAAGCUGACCUGGUGAAGUGUGAUUCUUGCCCUUGUUCCUUCCACCAGAAAUGUCACCUCCCACAUGUAGAUGACUACUUUUUGGGGGAAAGCAGACCCUGGAUCUGUACAUUCUGUGUAACCACUCAGGAGUGGCGGUACGGUGAUAAGGUGAAAAUGACAGAAGCCCUCACCCACCAGAUCUCAGGACACACAAUGGAAUGUCAGUAUCUCCUCCUGCGUCUGUUCAGUGCUGAUGACCAACAAACCUUUGCUUCAGACCCACGCCUCUACUUGAAAAGUUACUCCAGGUUUGUCCCGACUCCGAUGUGGCUCAGAAAAGUAUCAGAGAAACUCGAGGAGAAAGAAUAUGUAACGGUUGGAGAUUUUGUGUCUGACGUCAAACUCAUGUUCACAAACUGGGCCUCGUACAACCGGGCUAACCCUGAACUCCUCGCCCUGGGGGACAGACUGCAGCAGUUAUUUCACUCAGAGUUCAAAGUCGUGUUUAACAUCGAUGGACAGAGCGCUGACUGAUGAGCAGGGUUAAGUUUUCAAACUCGGUACUCAGUGGGAAAAAAGGCUUGAAAGUUAGAAAGAUGAAGCUGAGUUUGAUUUUGUGACUUUUUUACAGUGUAUUAAUUAAAAUAACUCAGGCGUCCAACUUUAUCCAAAUUAACGAGAGCAUUUUGCAGUGUAGAUUGUAUUUUUUAUCAGUGUAAUUGAAGAUUCAGUAAACCCACUGUUCAGGUUAUGCCACUACUUGUGAAGGGUGGUUAUUAUGGGAUACUUCUGACCAUGUGACAACUCAAUUCAGUACUUUUUUACCAGUUCACCUUCACUGUAAUGACCAAUGUUUAAUAUUCAUGUUUUUUCCUUGUCUACAAAACUUAGUGACUUCUCCUAAUAUACUAUAAAUAAAUGUAUUUUAAAAUGUAUUUUUUCCAAAGCAUUUGCAUCAUGCAAAAUAUCUGGAUUUUCACGUCACUUUACAUGAUUAAAGCAUUGACAUGUUUUAUACAAUUAUA